UCCAAAUUGUCCUUUCAAUAAAAACCGGAAAAACAGUACAAGGCUGUGCCGCUGGAGGGAGAUAGAAGAAUGCAAUGCUCCUGCGUUUCCUGGUCCUCAAAUCUGAAACUCGGACCUUCCUUUUCCAAAUCGAAGCUAUCAUCAAUCAACCAAGCAGAGACCAUCGAUUUUGCUGCAAGAGUUUCGCUUCCUUCUCAUGUGAAAGCCAUCACCAGUACCUCCAACCCCUUCGUUAAGCACUGCGUCAAACUUCGCUUCAGUUCCUCUUAUCGCCACUACCAUGGCACCGUCCUUGUCGUCGGAGCUACUCCAAUAAGGGAAAUUUGCAAAUUUCAAGAGUCUCUGCAUGGGAUAACUUGUACAUUGGAGUGCCUACUUCUGCUAGAUGACGUUGAGGUUCCUGAAGGACUAGUUGAUAAAUCUGUUCGAAUUGUGCGGGUGAGCCCAACUGUGAUGAGAAAGCUUUCUGGCAUGCAAUCAACAGAAUCUAUUGAUGCAAUUGCCCUCAUGAGAAUACCUGCCAGUUUUUGUAGUGUAGAUGGCAAUGAAAAAGACAUAGAUUUUAAAAGAUGUUUUCCCUCUCCACAUCGAAUAUUAGUCCUUGAGCGAAUCCAGGACCCAGGCAAUCUUGGUACAUUAAUCAGGUCUGCUUUGGCCUUCAAAUGGAAUGGUGUUUUUCUGCUUCCUGGGUGUUGUGAUCCAUACAACGAGAAGGCUCUCCGAGCCUCGCGAGGAGCAUCUUUUCAGCUUCCAAUAGUCUCUGGCACUUGGAAUCAUCUUGAGGUUCUAAAAAAUAAAUUCCAAAUGAAAAUGCUGGCUGGCCAUCCUGAAAGCAAUGAACCAAAACGUGUAUCGGUUCUUUCGCAACAGUUUGCAAAUUCUUUGAAAGAAUUUCCGUUGUGUUUGGUUUUGGGUUGCGAAGGGAGUGGUCUGUCUGGAAAAUCUUGGCAUGUUUGUGAGCUUUUGAGCAUUCCAAUGGCGGGUGGUUUCGAGUCCCUCAAUGUCUCAGUUGCAGGAGGAAUUUUCUUGUACAUGCUACAGGCUGAAAACAAUAGUCAUAUUUGAUGUCUUUCUUAUUUGAUUACAUUUUGAGUGAUGGACAGGAAGGGCAUUAGUGUUAUUCUUGCAAAAAUUUUGAAUUGCAGUUGACACAGUUUUGUACAGUCGGCAUAGUUUAAACAAUCUACAUAGGGGACAUUUGAAUUGAUAUUGUAGUAUUAAAUUUUUUUGUUGAUA